AUGAGCGUCCCGAGAGAAAUUUUGAAAUGGAUGCAGUCUCUUGAUCUGUCGUAUUCAAUCAAGAACAUGAGACGAGACUUUUCGAACGGUUUUCUAGUUGCUGAAAUGAUAUCAAGAUAUUACCCAAAUGAAGUGGAAAUGCAUAGCUUUGAUGUCGGAGUUGGAGUCAAAGCAAAACUCGAUAAUUGGCAACAGCUUGAAAAAUUCUUUCGGAAACACGGUGUAAACAUUUCUCGAAAAGUUAUUGAUGAUCUCAUCGCUUGCAGACCAAAUUCUCUAAAUCAAGUACUUGAGGAAGUUUACACAUUUUUGACCGACAAGACAAUCAAAAAAGCAAAACCAAUGAGACCUCAACCAGUAAUUCCUAAUGUUCCUAAUUUUGCAAAACCAACCCUGUCAAAAAAUUAUAAGGAUGACGGAAGAGCUGUUCCAUCGAGUUUUGUGAGUUUAAAACGAAAUCAAAUCGCUCAAGCAAAGGAAUCCAUGACAGAGAUCAAGGAAGAACAGCAUGUCAUUCCUUCAUUGGAAAUUACGCGAGAUAGUAAAUCUUCAAGUACUAACAGAUCAAAACCAACCUCUCACCAAAGUCAAAGAAGCCACCAUAGCCAUCAAAGUAAUAGUCAACAAAAAGGAUUACCAUUUGUUGGUGUUGUUGAGGAUUUGAAUGAAUUGGCUCAAACACUUGUUGAAGAAUCAGGUGAAGAAUGGAAAGCAUUUGUGGACAAGACAAAUCCCAUUCAAUCACUUUUGUCAAAUAUUGAUCAUCUUCCAAUUCAAGUUCUUGAAACUUUGUUUUUAACUAUCAAAGAAAGAGUCACUCUGAUUAUGCUCAAGUCAUGCCAAGCAUGCCAAACGAGUUCUUUUGAGAGUGUGGUUUCCAUUUUGAAAGCAGUAGGUAUAGAGCUAACUUCCAAGGAUCCAGAUUCUUCGUGGGAGUUUUUUGAAGAUUUUGGGCUACAAAAGUGUCUUGACGUUGUCGCUUCUCAGCCAACCAAGAGAGAAGAUGUACUUCAAGUCAUUUACAGUUUUUGCAAAAGCGACAUUCUUUCUCAUAGAAAAACCAUUUUGAAAAUUCAAGAGAGAUGCAAUGUGAUGGAUUCCACAUUAAUUGUUCACAUUUUGGCUUUAUUGGUCAAGAUGGAGUCAUCGUUGCUGACAAUUUCUCAAGGAGCUUCAGGUCCAAUUCUUUCAGAGGACCAAAUACCUCUGUUUGAGCAAUACAUGACAGUUGCUGUAUCUGGACUUUGCAAUCCUUCACCAAAAGUGAGAGCUUCAAGUUUGGGCAUUCUUCACACACUUCUUUCCUUCGACGAUGUGGUUUUUGAAAAGGAUGAAAAAUCUGAACCUUUUGAAAACUCCUCCAAUCGAGGAGAAAUUUCCUCACGAAAUCAACCUUUAUUGUACCUUUUGCAAAACCUGUGGACUCCAAGUAUUGAACCAUUGAUUCACGAUAGUUGGUGGGAAGUUACAGCACAGCUUGUGGUGCUUGGUUCAAAAUGCUUAACUGAACUGACAAAACUCUACAUGAUUGACUCGAUCAAAAAUUAUGAGGAAGCAAUUGUUCAGUUAUUGGUCUCUCUCUUACAAAAGGAAAUGAAUUCCAUUCUCAAACAUAUUGUCUUAUCAUAUCUUUCUCCUCACUUGAAGAAGUAUUCAACUCAAUUUUCGGACCUUUUCCUUGAUGUGUUGUUCUCUCUGAGCGAAGAGGAGAGAGUUUCUCUUUUGGAACAGCCAUCCAAUCAUGUGGAAUUACUCCAAAUUGGAAACAGUCAACACAAAUUCCCAAUUUUGAGCAUUCCGUUCAGCUGGGACAGUCUAACCGUUGGAAAACAACUUGCAAGCAGAGUUGUUCACUUGGACCACUUGGAAAUUGAGCAUUAUGAUGUUCUUAAUGCGUGCGUUUCAGUGGCACUCAUUGAAGUUUCUGAAGAAGAGGAAGAGAAAGUAUUCAAAGAUACUCUUCCUUCAGAGUGGUUACUCAUCUAUGAACAAUUGCAAAAUCAUUUCUAUGUGGGACUAGUUGAUGAAGAGUUGUGUGAAAUGGCCUCCCAAUUAUUAGUCAAGUUUUACUCAAUUCUAAGGAAAGAAGUGGUCAAGUCCAUGAUUCCACAUUUGAUCAAGACCAUUGAGAUAUUAUUUGCCAACAAACAACUGGCUCAUCAACAAGAAGUGAUGAGUCAAUAUUUAAUCGGGUUGUAUCGUUUGGGAAGUCCCUUCUGUCAGCCCCUCUUAAAGCUUGCAAAUUCCUUAAUGGAACAAGCUCAUUUGAGAAACAACCCGCACUUGUCCGAAAUUCUUCACUUGUUGCCGAAAAAAAACGCCGAAUCAAACUGCCUGAACCCAUUGACACCACCUCAAAUUCCAUACAACAACAUCAUGUCCCACCAAACCAAUAGGGUUCAUCCUUCGGUUGCAAUAGGUGCAAAUAGGAGGUAUUCCACCUCCACCGAAUCCUUCUAUUCAACCUCAGACAGUGCUCGUCAAAUUCCAUUGGAAUCGAUAUCCAUUCAGCAUCCCCCGGUGCCUGAAUCACCAGGUCGAGAACCCAUCCAAGUAUUUUCAAGCAUUACUCUCAAAGGCUCUGUCAAUCAACCUCAUGAUCAGUACGAAUCAUCUUCUUCCACUGUUUCAUCUAGUGCCUUUCAUCCGAGAAUAUCUUUCAGCUUCCGAACCUCUCUUCUUACUGCCAUGAUCUUGCUUACCUUAACACCUGUACUGAUUUUACUAAUCCUUUCCAUUUCCUUUUCUGUUUAUUCAUCACUCAACGUCGAAGAAGGUGUGGUGAAUGAGGCUUUGACUCGAGCCGACAAUUAUGUCUCUGAUUUCUUGAACGUGUGCAAAAGGCUUACUCUGAUUCAAGAACAGCUCAUUCUUGAUACCUAUUACAUGCAGUUCGAUACAGAUGAUUACUUCUUUACACCACACAACUAUGCAAACAUGUUUAAAUCACUCUCUUUGGUCCAAAAACACAAUAAGGACAUCAUCUUCUUGGUGGAUUUUACUCCAACCAAUGGAGAAUAUUAUUACGUGAAUACAGCACCUACUGCCAAUGUAAGCUCUCUGGAUGAUCAUGAAGAUGCACAAGACUCGAGAACCUCCUCAAAUUCUCAAACAUGGAAUUUGCAGAGCAACUAUGACUCCUCCCAAGAGCUGUACUUGCUGACUCAUCCCGAUGAGAAUACGACCAUUGCAACCAUGUACAAUCUCACUCAGAAAGGAGUACUUGCAAUGAAAGAAACCAAUUUACCCUACGACAAUUGGGAUCCUCGAGGAGAUGAGUAUUAUCAAAUAUCUCUUCGCCACUCACAUGCUCUGGUACCCAUCAAUGUUCAACUCCAAGGAUCAACCAUCGACGAGAAAGUCUAUGUUUGCUUUCAACACAACAUUUAUUCCAGCAUUAACUCUUCUCUAUAUUUAGGAGUCACCAGUGUGAAUGUGGUCAUUCGAGAAUUGGCAACUUUUGUUAGAUCCUUCCAUGUGUCAACAAAUGGAUUUGUAGCAAUUAUGGAAAUUAGUGAAGAUUUAGAAACUGGUGAUUUGCGAAAGAGAUUGGUGGCCUAUAAGGACUACAGUGCAAUGGUUUUAGGAGAUGCAGAAUCAGGAUACACAAUUCCUAAUGCCGAGGAAAUACCCAAUGAUUUUCUCAAACAUAUUAUCCUUUCACAAAUUCCUUCAACAAACACUGAAAUUCUUGCAAAAAAGAGACAAGUCAUUAGAUAUAUCUAUAAUUCAAACCUCUACAUUCUUUCGUAUGAUAUUGUAACUGCUACCCUUAAUCUCAACAUGCAAUGGAUUGUUUUCAUAUCUGCUCCAGAGAUAGAUUUCAACGGAAAUAUGGUACUACUCUCAUGUCUCAAUAUUGGUGUCAGUAUUAUUGCAGCUAUCAUUACUGUGCUGUUUGUCUUUUAUAUUUCUUCUGCUAUUUCCAGACCAUUGCUUUUCUUUGCAAAUGAAAGUAAAGCAAUUUCAAAACUGGAAGUUCAGAAAGGAAAUGUGUGGAGAUCCAAAAUAAGAGAAAUUAUUGUCUUGUCUGAAGCUUUUAGCAAAAUGAAAACGACUCUUCGAUCAUUCUUGAGAUUUGUUCCAAAACAGUUAAUUGUGGAAAUGGUUGAAAGAGGAAUUGAUAUCAGAUUGGGAGGUGCAGAAUAUGACAAUAUCACAUUACUAUUUUCAGAUGUUGAAGAUUUCACCAAAUAUAGUGAGCAAUUACCACCUGUAAUUCUUAUCAAGCAAUUAGGAGAAUACUUUCAUGCCAUGACUGAAGAAAUUAUGAACACUGGUGGUACUCUGGAUAAGUACAUUGGAGAUGCUGUCAUGGCAUUCUGGGGAGCCCCUUCCUAUCUUGAAGAUAGUCAACUACGAGCCUGUACAGCAGCUUUUAAAUGUCAGGUCAGAAUGAAAACUCUCAGAGAGAAAUGGCAAGAAAGUGGCAGAGUUCAAUUCAAGUGUAGAAUUGGAUUGCAUUCUGGUUCUUGUGUGAUUGGAAAUAUUGGAUCUCUAUGGAGGAUUCAAUAUACAGCUAUUGGUGAUAAUGUCAACUUGGCAUCUCGCUUAGAGUCCCUCAACAAACAAUACGCCACACAAAUUCUUGUGAGUGAAGCAGUCAUUUCCAAACCUGAAGUCAAGAAGUCAUUCGUUUUUAGAAAGAUUGAUCGAGUUUCUGUGAAAGGUAAAUCGGUUGGAUGUACUGUCUAUGAGCUUAUUUCAGAUGAGAAUUCUCGAGCCAAUUACGAACACAAGAUCAAACUAAUUCAACCCUAUGAAGAUGCAUUGAAUGAAUAUUUUGCAGGACAAUUUACCAAAUCAUUAACUUUAUUUAAAACCAAAUGUGCUCCAUUGGAUCCAACAGAUCAGCCAACACAAACCAUGAUGGAAAGAUGUGCCCAUUAUAUCGUAUCGCCACCUGAAAAUUGGGAUGGAGUUCAUCGUAGUCAGGAAAAGUAG